AUGCCCCUCACCACAAUACUCCUGUCAGGCAGUUUCCCACUGAAUCAAAGGAGCCAGGCUCGGGAAAGGAUAUUUCAGAAACCUUGUUACUGCGAUGAGCUCUGCCUUGAGCUUGGUGAUUGUUGCUAUGACUAUUUUCAAAGGUAAACUAAAUUACACGCUCGUCAUCCAUCUUUAGAUUAAUCUUAAAACUGAGGACUUUUCUUUUUUGUAUUUAUUUAUUUUUCAGCUAAGGAAUGAGCAAAUAAGUUAAACCUGUCCUCAGGUUCACAUGCCUUGGUCUUUCUUUUAUUGCGCCUGCUCAACAGUUUCGAUAUUUUCAAAGAUAUAAGUAUCCAAGGUUUUUAAGGUGUGGUAGACGGUCAUUUAAAAUAGUUUAAGCCUUAUUUGCCAUAUGGUCGCAAAAAAUUCCUCGAGAAUAAUUCUUGAGUUCCUUAUCUAAGUUCAGAAAAAAGACAGGGAAUACUGAUAUCCCUUUGUUUCCAGGCUCCCACAUAAACGUCACCCAGUUUUAUGUAUAUAUAUGUAUGUGGAAAGAAGUGUACGUGGUCGGUCGUUCAAGCUACUCUUUAUUAGUACUGGUCGAUCUUGUACGGAACACUUGCAAAGGUUGAGACAACUGCAUCAGUUAUCUCACAUUAAUUUUUCUUUCCUUUGUCAUUUUUGACCUUCAGAUGUGUGGCUGACCUUACACCGACGUGUCACCUUUUAAAGCAUGUCUGUGUUAAGACCGGCAAUACAGAUUUUUAUGGCUACACAAUGAUUGGCAGCUGUCCAUCAGACAACUCUUAUAAGAACUUGCAAACUUUAUGCACCUCAACAUCUUCACCUUUAGAGCUGCCCGUCUUCGACUUAGACGACAACAGCGUUUACAAGAAUAUUUUCUGUGCCAAAUGUAAUCGCGCCAGUAAUCCAGUUUACUGGAAGUUUUCUGCUUUCUGUGACAGGUGUUACAUUACGGCAAGCGAUAUUCCAAAAAACAGAACCAUGAUGUUGAACUUUUUAACAAAGAAUUGUGAUUGGAAAUUUGCAGUUCCGCGUGCUAACAUAAACCUAAAGAAGUGUUUGUCGGUUAAGGUCAAGUGUAGAGAAUCUGAGCCAGAAAAUUCACUACUAUCCAGUCUCUGUUCCUUUUAUGCCUUUCCCGUCUGUAAAAAUAUUCAAAGUAAAAAUCCUCAUUGUGAGAUGUGCCGCGGAAAUGACAUCAGUGCGUUUUUGUGCAACUGUUAUCCCCGUCCCAACACUAUUAAUCCAACUCCGGCACGUGAAAUACCAUCUUUGGAUAUUUUAUUUGAUUUCUCGUCUUCCUCAGAUCAUACUGUAAAAAUAGGGGAUAAAACUACCAUUGUAAAAAAUAAGGAAUGCAGUCAUGGUUUUCUGUAUAAUCCAUUUACAGAGAAAUGUGUAAGAUUGCAUGUUGCGGAUCCCACAGUUAAAAACAACGGAUCUUUUACCAAUUACAGCUGCAAAGGAUCGGGCUUUGUUAAAGUUGGCAUAAGUUCCGUAACUGUGUUACCAAAUGGCUCAAUAUGGAUCCCAUUGCAUAAGAGAACAUUCAACAACGGAAGUUACUUUAUUAACGGUUCCUUUGUGUUUGUUUGCGUAAACCUCACAAGAAAUUUUACUGAAACAACUACACUUAAUUCUGAAGAUGAAAAGCUAACUGGAAGGCAGAUAACGACCUAUGUGGGUUGUGCCAUAUCGAUAACUUCCUUGAUUCUCCUUCUCGGAGUCUAUAUCAUAUUUUAG